UUUAAGCCUAUGAGGUAUAACAUGGACUCACAAGAUGAUGCUCGAUUCUGAGGAAUCCCGCCCCACCCUUGACAUCACCACGUGUGCAAAGACCUGCUGAAGCUUAAACCCGGCUUAUCACCGCACUCUCUCCCGAACUUUAUUAUCCAGAGGCCCGAUAUAUCCGGCAGUACUGGUCAUGAGAAGAAUUUACAUCUUUACUCUCAUCUCCCAUAUUCCGUAGUAUUGCUAAUAGAUCUACUAUUUAUACCAUUUACCCCUGGCUUAAUUAAAUCAUCAGUAACCAUCACAUCAAAACAACAACUUACAAUGGCGACAAUCCUCUACAACCAACUCUUCGUCACUCCCUCUCUCCCCCCCGCCCCCUUCCCCUUCCACAACCGUACCGUCAUCAUAACGGGCGCCAACACCGGUCUCGGCCUAGCAGCAGCCCAUCACAUCGCCUCCGGCCCCAUCGGCAAGCUCAUCCUCGCCGUCCGCAACCUCUCCGCCGGCGAGUCCGCCCGUGCCGAGAUCCUCAAUGCCCAGCCCGAUUGCGAGCCUCAAACCGUCGAGGUCUGGCCCUUAGAUCUGGCCUCCUACGACUCCGUCCGCGCCUUCGCUACCCGCGCAACCACUACGCUCGACCGUCUCGAUGUUCUUCUCUGCAACGCGGGUCUCGCGACGUUUCAGUGCUCCAAGGCAGAGGGCCACGAACGCAUGAUCACGGUCAAUGUGAUUUCGACGUUCUUGUUGGCUGUGCUACUGGUGCCGAAGUUGAGGGAGACGAGGAGGCUGUGUCAACAGAUGGGGGAAGAAGGGCACAUCCCUGUGUUGUCGAUAGUAGCAAGUGAAGUCCAUGCAUUUACCAAGUUUCCCGAGAGGAAUGCGCCCGCAGAGAAAGGGGUGGGUGUGUUUGAGGCGCUGGAUGAGCCGGAACGGUACUAUAAAACGAUGGCAGAGCGGUACCGCACGUCAAAGUUAUUGGAUGUGCUAUUGGCGAGGGAGUUGGCGGAUCGAAUAGGGGAUGAUGAUAUUGUGGUCAAUUGUCUGAAUCCGGGGCUUUGUCGGUCGCAAUUAGCCAGGGAGAUGGAUAAUGUGGUGGUUAGGAUUAUGUUGCGGUUGUUGGGGAGGACGGCGGAAGUGGGGAGCAGGACGUUGGUGACGGCUGCGGCGGCGGGGAGGGAAAGUCAUGGACAGUAUAUGUCGAAUGGAGUGGUGUGUCCGCGGGAAUUAUCGUCAUUUGUGACGAGUGAGGAGGGGAGGAGGACGCAGAAGAGAGUGUGGGAGGAGUUGAGUGAUAUUUUGGAGCAGAUUCAGCCGGGGAUUAUGCGGGGGGUGGUUUAAUUGUGUGUUUGAUUAAGACUGGGUUGUUUGUAUACUAAUAGUGACCAAUUCCACUUAAUGCUAAUGAUGCCC